GUCAUGUGACUGGGACUGUAGUAAGACAGGUGCCUUCAGUUCACUCUCAGUAAGGGGCUGGUCGCCUGCAUGAGUGUGUGCUCUGUGGAUUCGAGCUGAAAAGGCUUGCCUGGCGUCAUUCAGGAGCUGGGAGCUGGAUGGCGUGGGACAUGUGUAGCCAGGACUCUGUAUGGAGUGAUAUCGAGUGUGCUGCUCUGGUGGGUGAAGACCAGCCUCUUUGCCCAGAUCUUCCUGAACUUGAUCUUUCUGAACUAGAUGUGAAUGACUUGGAUACAGACAGCUUUCUGGGUGGACUGAAGUGGUGCAGCGACCAAUCAGAAAUCAUAUCAAACCAGUACAACAAUGAGCCUUCAAACAUAUUUGAGAAGAUAGAUGAAGAGAAUGAGGCGAACUUGCUUGCAGUCCUCACAGAGACACUGGACAGUCUCCCUGUGGAUGAAGACGGAUUGCCUUCAUUUGAUGCACUGACAGAUGGAGACGUGACCACUGACCACGAAGCCAGUCCUUCCUCCAUGCCUGACGGCACCCCUCCGCCUCAGGAGGCAGAAGAGCCGUCUCUACUUAAGAAGCUCUUACUGGCACCUGCCAAUACUCAGCUGAGUUAUAAUGAAUGCAGUGGUCUCAGCACCCAGAACCAUGCAAAUCACAAUCCCAGGAUCAGGACAAACCCUGCUGUUGUUAAGACCGAGAAUUCAUGGAGCAAUAAAGCGAAGAGCAUUUGUCAACAGCAAAAGCCACAGAGACGUCCCUGCUCAGAACUUCUCAAGUAUCUGACCACAAAUGAUGACCCUCCGCACACCAAACCCACAGAAAACAGAAACAGCAGCAGAGACAAAUGCACCUCCAAAAAGAAGUCUCACACACAGACACAGUCGCAACAUGUACAAGCCAAACCAACAACUUUAUCUCUUCCUCUGACCCCAGAGUCACCAAAUGACCCCAAGAGUUCCCCAUUUGAGAACAAGACUAUUGAACGAACCUUAAGUGUGGAACUCUCUGGAACUGCAGGCCUAACUCCACCUACCACUCCUCCUCAUAAAGCCAACCAAGAUAGCCCUUUCAGGGCUUCUCCCAAGCUGAAGUCCUCUUGCAAGACUGCAGUGCCACCACCAUCAAAGAAACCCCGGUACAGUGAGUCUUCUGCUACCCAAAGCAAUCACUCCACCAAGAAAGGGCCGGAGCAAUCUGAGCUGUACGCACAGCUCAGUAAGUCCUCUGCGCUCAGCAGUGGACACGAGGAAAGGAAGCCCAAACGACCCAGCCUACGGCUGUUUGGUGACCAUGACUAUUGUCAGUCCAUUAAUUCCAAAACGGAAAUACUCAUCAAUAUAUCGCAGGAGCUCCAAGACUCCAGACAACUAACCUACAAAGAUGCCUCCUCUGACUGGCAGAGGCACAUUUGUUCUUCCACGGAUUCAGACCAGUGCUACCUGAGAGAGACUUUGGAGGCCAGCAAGCAGGUCUCACCCUGCAGUACCAGAAAACAGCUCCAAGACCAGGAAAUUCGGGCCGAGCUGAACAAGCACUUCGGCCAUCCCAGUCAAGCUGUUUUUGACGACGAAGCAGACAAGACCAGUGAACUGAGGGACAGUGACUUCAGUAAUGAACAAUUCUCCAAACUACCUAUGUUUAUAAAUUCAGGACUAGCCAUGGACGGCCUGUUUGAUGACAGUGAAGAUGAAAGUGAUAAACUGAGCUACCCGUGGGAUGGCACGCGAUCCUACUCGUUGUUCGAUGUGUCGCCUUCUUGCUCUUCUUUUAACUCUCCGUGUAGAGAUUCAGUAUCACCACCCAAAUCCUUAUUUUCUCAGAGACCCCAAAGGAUGCGCUCUCGUUCAAGGUCCUUUUCUCGACACAGAUCGUGUUCACGAUCACCGUAUUCCAGGUCAAGAUCAAGGUCCCCAGGCAGUAGAUCCUCUUCCAGGUCCUGCUACUAUUAUGAGUCAAGCCACUGCAGAUACCGCACACACCGAAAUUCUCCCUUGUAUGUGAGAUCACGUUCAAGAUCGCCCUACAGCCGGAGACCCAGAUAUGACAGUUACGAGGCGUAUCAACAUGAACGGCUGAAGCGGGAGGAAUAUCGCAAAGAACAUGAGAAGCGGGAAUCAGAAAGGUCCAAACAGAGAGAGAGGCAGAGGCAGAAGGCAAUCGAAGAACGCCGUGUGAUUUAUGUUGGCAAAAUCAGACCUGACACAACACGGACAGAACUGAGGGACCGCUUUGAAGUUUUUGGUGAAAUUGAGGAGUGCACUGUAAAUCUGCGGGAUGAUGGAGACAGCUACGGCUUCAUCACCUACCGUUACACCUGUGAUGCUUUUGCCGCUCUUGAGAAUGGAUACACUCUGCGCAGGUCGAACGAAAGCGACUUUGAGCUGUACUUUUGUGGACGCAAGCAAUUUGUCAAGUCUAACUAUGCAGAUCUAGAUUCAAACUCAGAUGACUUUGACCCUGCUUCCACCAAGAGCAAGUAUGACUCUCUGGAUUUUGAUAGUUUAUUGAAAGAAGCUCAGAGAAGCUUGCGCAGGUAACGUGUCCCCCUGGCUGAGGAUGAGAGAGAGAGACGGGGAAUACCUCACGGACAGCGCGUCCUUCCCUGACAGACUAUUGCAAGUCACACUUAGAAAUCUCUCCUACUUUACACACUCUGUACAAAAGCAAAACAAAACAACAACAAUACAACAAGAACAACCACAGCAACAACAACAAUGGUUUACAUGAACACAGCUGCUGAAGAGGCAAGAGACAGAAAAAAAAAAUAUCCAGUAAGCACAUGUGUAUUCAUGGGUGUCAGCUUUGCUUUCCCUGAAGUCUCUCAGUGACUGUGUGUGUAUGUAUGUGUGUG